AUGUUGUCAAUAUCGUUUGUUCCUGAUGGAUAUCUUAUAAUUUUGUACCCAGCUGCCAUCAAAAAUGUCAGCAAUCAUGAUCCACGUGAUCAUACAUCGGAAUCAAGAAUCACGGGAGAAGAGUCUCAGUUAACCCUAAUUCAAAAGACAUGGGUGUUCUGGUGGGGAAAAAGUGACGAUUUAGGGUUUAUACAAAGAUGGUGGAAUAAAGAUGGAAAGAUAAUGACAAUAGUGUAA